GCAACGGCCCCUGAGUGGCGGCUGGCUCUCUCAGACCGCUCUCGCUUGACUACCAUUGCUGCACGCAUUGUUGAAGUGAAAGGAAAGUGGACAGCUUGAUCCUGUCUGUGGGAUGCACCGACAGAGGCAGUGGGAGAUUUAAGAUUGGGUUUUGGUGUGAGGUGCAACAAAGCAGAAAGGCUGGGCCAGAAGACACAGAUCCAACAGAUUCUGUUGUGGUUUUGUCCACAACAGAAAAAAGGGCGUCCAAGGGGGGACGAAGGCGGUCUGUUGCUGCCCCAUUAAAAGAAGCAGUGAGCUGCUUUUGUGGCGUGGGCGGGCAGGUGAGGGUUAAGCUGCGUUGACAACAUUGGGUGGCGUGCCGAAGUGUGGGAGGAAAGAGGAAGAGGAAACGGAAGACGAAGAGGAGGGGUAGGUGGAGGAGGAGGAGGAGGAGUCGUGGUCUUGGGCCUGGAGUCCAAACACAAGCAGGAUGGGGGAGAAGAAAGUUAGCAGCCUCCCCGCUAAGCUGAUUAACGGGGGCGUGGCAGGCCUGGUUGGUGUGACAUGUGUAUUUCCUAUUGACCUGGCCAAGACCCGCCUACAGAACCAGCAGGGCGUCCAAGUCUACAAAGGAAUGUUGGACUGCCUGGCAAAGACGGUGCGCUCAGAGGGCUAUUUCGGAUGCUACAGAGGUGCAGCAGUCAACCUCACGCUUGUUACACCAGAAAAAGCCAUCAAGCUGGCUGCCAAUGACGUCUUCAGACAGAAGCUCACGAAGGAUGGGCAUUUACCCCUGUGGGGGGAGGUACUGGCAGGCUGUGGGGCCGGGACCUGUCAGGUGGUCGUCACCACUCCUAUGGAGAUGCUUAAGAUCCAGCUGCAGGAUGCAGGAAGGCUCACUGCCCAGAGGCCUGUUCCAACUCCAGCUCCGGCUGCUGCCCCCGGUCCAGCUCAAUCAUUGGCGGCCCCCCAACCGGCGCGACCGAGCCCGGCACCUCGGCCCUCGGCCACCAGCAUCACUGUGGAGCUGCUGAAGACUCGUGGACUGGCGGGCCUCUACAGAGGAGCAGGAGCUACCUUAGUGAGGGAUGUCCCCUUCUCAAUGAUCUACUUCCCGCUGUUUGCCAACCUAAACGCGCUGGGCCGGGAAAAAGUGGGUAAUGUGCAGGCUCGGGCGCCAUUCUGGCAGUCCUUUAUGGCCGGCUGCGGUGCAGGCUCAGUGGCAGCUGUGGCUGUAACGCCAUUGGAUGUCAUAAAGACUCGUCUGCAGACCUUGCAAAAAGGUGACGGGGAGGACACCUACAAAGGAAUUGUUGACUGCACACGGCGCAUCAUGACACGGGAGGGCCCGUCGGCGUUCCUGAAGGGCGCGGCGUGUCGCGCUCUGGUCAUCGCUCCUCUUUUCGGCAUUGCGCAGGGUGUCUACUUUCUUGGGGUCGGGGAGACGGUGCUGGGCUUGCUGGGAUAGCGGCGCUUGGCAUUGGUGGCGGUGAACGCGUUUGUCCCCGCUGCUUUAAUUAAGUGAAUGAAUGAACACAACUGAGCGAGCGCUGAAUACAGAGAGAGGGAAAUAUGGCCGCAGUCUGCCUAACCAAAGGAAGAGGGAUGGUCUGACAUAUGAAGAGGGUCUAUUUACUAAUAUGUGGGCCAACGGAUUCUAAUCACUAAUCAAGUUUCUCUAGGGUUUUUUGUCAUGCUGCCAACAGGGUCCUGUGUAUGCGUGUGACUAAUCAGAGUAUGUGUGUCCCAAAUUGUCGGGGUGAUCCCAUGUGCUUGCUGCAAUAUGUCUGGGUCCGUUACCUUUCACCCGAGAAGGAUUAUUCUGUCUGGUUAAGAGAGAGCUGCUGCAUGUGGUUUGAGGCUGCUGACUAAAAAGGCCAAUCUGACCAUUUGUGUGGUCAAGACGGAGAACUGUGCACCAUCCUAUGUAAGUGAUAAAAUUCCCCUUUCAAUCUUUAUCAAAAGCUAAGAUUGAAUGUCAGAGUCUGAACUGGUGUCAAAUGCCUAAUCAUUCAGAUUGAAAUGUUUGACGCGUUUCUCUGGAAACUUCGCUCACUCUCCUUCUGCUUACCCUGUUUAAUGCCUUCCUCCCACUCCACCCGUGAGGUCCAAGUUGUAAUCUUGGGAUUCCUCCAGUGGAUUGGGAGUUGCUGGCCGCCAGAAACUCUAAGGUCAGUUGUUAAUCUAAUGGUAAUAUUUUAAUCCCCGGCAUUAACGUACAAUACACCCUAACACACAGCUCACUUCCUGACUAAAGGCCACCGGUUAGACCGCUGGGCCCCUGUCUCGUAGCCUUCACUUCCUCUGGUCCACACAGCUCGGCAGGGCUUUAAUAAAACCUGAGAAGCAUAUAUUACCGCUUAGUUACACAUUAAAAAUACAAUCGCUUCAAAUGACGUGCGCACAAAAACUAAAAAAGAAAAAUGCGAUUAACGCCUUGUAAUUGCUGGUAGAGUUCUAAAUCAUCAAAACUGUAUGUCUUAAAUGAAUUCAGUGGAAUUGGGAGUCUUGAAACAUUGAUUUGGUACUCGAGUCCCACUUAGCGAGGACAGUGAUAUUUGUUAGACCCGUGGGGGGAGUAGGGCACCUUGUCUUUCCAACUGUUUGCCAUCACUGAUCUCCACUGGGUCGUACUAAAAGAGUUUUUUUUUUUUUUUUUUACAUUUUUAAUGCAAGACGUAUUUUGAUGUGGCUGUCGUACCCAGACUACUACAUCUUCCUCAUUGUAGAGUCAUAGCCGGAGUAAAAUGUUUGUUUACAAGCUGUAAAUAAAGAUUUCUCAUACGUGCUCAUUUCUCGGUGUCACACACAUUUAUUUAUUUUUUAUUUAUUUGGCUUUCGUAUGUUAAGUGCUUCAGAACAGAAGGUAAACAUUCUUUCGCUGUCGGCAUGCACACAUAGCAAAACUAUUUAAAAAGAAGAGACGUUUGGCAAACAUACCAUAUAAUCCACAGCAUUAUAGGCUGUACUCUACAAAAAUGUAGACCAUGUGAAGGGAAUAUGUGUAUAUUUGGUGACCUAAAUAUGUAGCUUUGAUUACAACAGAUUUCCCAAAACAACUGAAGGAAGACAUUUUUGCAAUUUAAAGCAGUUAAAGCAGAGGUACAACAGAGGGCACUUACACAUAAAUAAAAGUGCACUUGUUGCAUUAUUACAUCAAUUAGUGCAAACAACAAAAAAACUAUAUCAACACAUCAGUAGCAUCCCAUCAAGUGAUUGUACAGACUGGUGCUCACGAUGAUGAAGGUCUUUGGUCAGCUGUGGCCACACCGCUCUCUUCCAAUCCGCUGCUAAUCCGUGAACCUGCGGUUUGGAUUGGCUCCGAACAAGUCCACUCGGAUUUCAGGCAUCAUCUGUCAGGCGUAAAGUCAGGACACAAAUAAGUACACGCAAGACACUAAAAGGACAAACCUGGACAAAUCAUUGAACCUCCAUGAAUAACGUUGAGGACGCAGACGUUGAGUGCCAAA